CAUUUAUCUGAUCUUUCUGCUAAUGCUCAGCUUUCACCGCAACAAAACAUUGUUUGACAGGACAACAUAACUCCGGCUUGGUCGUAGAUUAUCAGCAUCAUGCAUACACUGACAAUGGAGGGGCGCACCUGAAUCACAGAAGAUGGUUGUAUGGCCGCCAGAAGAAGGCCGUGUCGUCAGUUACCGUCCGUGUGUGAGUAGAUGGAGUACCUCUGUAUCCUGGGCUCAACUCAACAACAUCUGACUGCCAAACAAGCUCGGUAGUCACCACACAUUAGAGAGAAAACCUUGACGUCAGGGUGGGGUGAUGCCUGACUACAGACGUCGUUGUCAUGGAAACAGACGGGUUUUCGGUCGUGUGUCGCUUUGCGCUCCUGGUAAUCAACGGAAUAGCCAUAGUGAAGAGCAUUGACUUCAUAAUCCUCGGGGCCGUGAUGUCCACCAUGGAACCUCUCCUGGACGUCACCGUCACACAGAUGGACGCUGCUGACAUGGUCAGGGGGAAGGAAGUGUACGUGGACACCUGCCAGUUCUUCUUGAUAGCUGGACCAGUCUCCUUCAUCGUCAGCUUGUUCGGCUUCUUCGGCGCUCGGCAGAGGAAACGCAUAUCCCUGGCUUUGUACAUCCUACUGCAGGUUAUCCUCGUUAUCAUCGUCGUUGUCUACAGCAUGGUCCGCAUCCCGACUCCCUUCGAGAACCCGGACAGCAAGUGGCAGCAGUUGUCCAACUUACUGAUGGCCACAGUCAUUCUGGUGUGUGCAAUACAGGGCAUUGCUAUCUUCCUGGCCAUCGUGGUCAUCUCGACCCUGCGAGAGAAUGACAAAGUUCACCCAAGUCCACGUGAGGGUCAUGCAACAGACAGAUCCCAACGUCCCCAGCCAAACUUCAGACGGGGGCAGUUACCAUUAAUCGUGACAAGCUGGGCUGACGACAGUUGACACACCCUCAGUCAUCAGCAUCAACACACGACGAAUCAGAUACGACAGUUGUGCAAUCAAGAUCAAACUAAAACGUCUGGAUUGUUCCGCUAACCGUCAGAGGACGACUACCCAGAGUGCUAACUGUGUCAAUUGUGACGUCAAUACAGUGACGUCAUGUACUGUGUCCGCACAACCCGCCCUGUAGUUGUGUUUCUAAGAUACUUCGGUGAAAGAUCAAAGGCGCAGACAGUACUUUAUCAGACGAUAAUGUUCACUUUUUGCAUUACGUCAAAAUGUAUUGGCGUCACUGCGCCAUUCUAGUCUGCCCCUCGUAAUCGA